ACAAUUCUGUACGAAGACAUACACGGGGCCCUUACGGCAGCCUCAGUGCGACGCAGUGGCCGUUUUGUGAUUACAUCAAUAGCUGUGUAAUUUGAAAUUUAUUAAACUUUGCAUCCAGCGGAAAUAGAUCGAAAUUGAAAAGGCAAGAAAAUGCAAAGUGCUGCUAACUUGUUGGCUUGAUUGGAAAAGGCAGAAAAAUAUAAUAAAUCAAUUGGCUUGUGCAGUGAUUAUAUAAAGUGCAAUCGCAUAUAGCGAGAAGAAAAGCAACAAAAAACGAAAUUACACAAUAAAAAUUGUGAAUACCUUAAAUACUUGUUGCAAACUCGUACUUGAAUAUUCAGUGCAAUUCGCUUUGAAGCCAAAUGAGUUUCAUACACCCCGAUGCCAGCCUAAUGGGAACCAACGGCAAUCCUCUCACCGACUGUCGUCUGCAAGUGGACGAGCAGACAGAGGAGACAGAGGAGCCCGCGGAACUAGUGGCUCAUCUGCCACCAGCAAAUGUGACAAGCAUCAACAGCAACAACAACAAUAACAACAACAACACCAUCAGCAACAGCAAUAACAACAGCAAUGAGUUCACAGAGCUGGGAGUUUCGACACGUGGCAGCAUCUCACUAAACGAUAAACUUGAGAUCAAGAUUGUGAUGCUCAAAGUGCAGGCUGAAUCACCUUUACUUCCCAUUAAGGAGGAGCAGUCUGUGCCCAGCAGAGUCCAGCAUCCCGCCAGUAAUCCACACAUAUCAGCAACUCCAACCCAAUCCUACUCCGCGCUAGGCACCAAAGCUGAAGCUCCACACACGCCAACAGUCAAUGAGUGUCGUCGUCGCAGUUCGCUGACUUUGCCGCCUUCGCCGACUGCAGCCAACAACAACACCAGCUCACUCAAUAUCCUAGAUAGCGAAGCUAAUAAUAAUAAUAACAACAACAACGACGACCACAACAACUACAACAACGAGGAGGAGUUCUACACCCCGUUGGGCGGACAGACACCCAAUCACAAGCACACGUACGACUGCAAGCUUUAUCCACACGACACGUUUGCACGCCUGGAGGGGAAGUCGGCCAGGGCGAACAGCAAGAUGCAAAGCAAAGUGGACGCAGUGGGUCGCAUAACUGGCCAGUGGGGCAAGUGGCAGUUGCGGACCGUUCUAUUAAUCUUUCUGUGCAAGAUUCCUUCGUCAUGGUUUAUGGCGUGCAUCAUUUUUACGGCGCCAGCGCCACGACAUGGCGAAUUCUUUUGCAAACCGCCUCCAGAAUUGGGAGCCCAGAAUCAGACGCAAUGGAUCAAGGUGUCGCAUCCACAGAAGGAGGAGAAGGAGGAUCAAGAGUUUACCAUUGACUUUUGCAAUGUAUAUCAAGAUGCCCAGGAUCACGCACAUCACUACUACAACUACGAGGACAGUGCCCAGGAGCCGCGAGUCUGGGAGAAGCCGCUGCAUCGCAACUCCAACGUCAUCCCCUGCACCGAAUUUCAACACGAGUCCGACUAUCACUCCGUGGUGACGCAAUACGAUCUGGUUUGCUCGCGUGAUAUUCUAGUCUCGGUGACACAGUUCUUCCAUUUGUUCGGAGUGCUAACUGGCGGCAUUUUGGCCAACCAUCUACUUAAAUACUUUAGUCCACGAAGUGUCAUGCUCUUUGGCAUGAUCACCCAGAUCUUUUGUGGUAAUCUAACGGGUCACGUGGCCUCCUAUGAACUGCACGUCUUCUUCCGCUGCCUCUCCGCCGUCUGUUGCGCCCAAAUGUACACUGCAGGUGGCAUGAUCAUGUCGGAUAUUACGGGCGGCAAGUAUCGCACUUGCGUCUCGACCCUCUUCGAGCAGUUCUGGUCCAUUGGCGUGAUGAUGCUGCCAGGAGUGGCCAGCUUCUGGUCCAGUUGGUCGCAUCUCUACAUGGCGAUCUCAUGGCCAACAGUGAUCCUCAUCUACUUGUGGCAAUGGAUACCCGACUCCCCGCGCUGGAUGAUCGAGCGUGGUCGUGUGCAGGACGCCAAGAAGAUACUGCUCGAGUGCGCCGAAAUGAACGGAACGCGAUACAAUCUGCCGCACGAUAUCGACCAACAGUUGGAGCUGCAGGCUCAGACAGCGAUGGAUGCGCCGCCUCCUGCCGGCUGGUGGACUAUCUGGAAGGGUGAGAAGGCGGUGCGACACAUGAUCUGCGUGCACCUCGCCUGGUCGCUUUACAUCAGCGUCUACUAUGGAUGUCUGCUUAACAUUCGCUCCUUCAGUCGCGAGCACUUGUACAUCAACACUUUUGUCGCUGGCUUCAGUGAGAUGUUGGGCACUUUCUUCGGUCUGUAUCUCAUCAUGAAUACCACACGUAAAUGGCUCUGGGCAGGCAUAUUUAAUAUAUUGGCUGGGUUCUUUGCCUGGUGCUGCUGGCUGGUACCCAAGCCGGGUGUUGUCUCACUAGAUGCAAAUGUGGCGAUGCUGAUGUGCACGGCCAUGGUGUCCAAGAUGGCCAUAUCCACUUCGCUGUCCAUAUUGACAACCAGCACAGUGGAACUCGUUAGUCCAGAGAAGCGCAAGAUUACUUCAUUUUCGACAAUUUGCUGGGCUCGCUUCUGGCUGCUGGGUGCUCCGUUUAUCGGCUCCACUGUCGUCAUUGGCCAAUUGAUUCCACAGACUUCAUACACAGCUCUGGCCAUCAUUGGGGGCAUCUGUAUGUCACUGAUUAGCAGUCCACGUACACAUCCCAUUUCGAGGCCAGCCUCACCGGUGUCGCGUGGAACUCAAAACAUGGCGACACAGUUCACAGUCAUCGAUGGAAUGGACAAUAAGGGCUAUGUGCCAAGCUCGAAUUCCAAUACCAUCUAUGCCGCCAAUACUUUUAGGAAACUGACCACACCACAAUCAAAUCUACCUCCACAACUAAUGCCCGGUAUUUGGACGACCAAGAUGAACGAGGACAGUGCACCAAUGUGAUAUGUUGCACAUAAUAUGAGUACAAGUUUGUGCCGAGUGUCGAUGGAGUGGGUGCUGAUAGCAAACCAGCUGUUGAGAGUUAUGAAAUUGUAGUAAACGUGAGGAUAGAAUGCUGGUUUUAAUCUAGCAUAGUAUAGAAUUAUCUGGUGAUUUGAUGUCCUAAAAAACCUAUUACGCAAUGAGUUGACAAGAGUUUUAGAGUUUUGAUAUACUUACCUUACUACUCGUAUCUGGGCUAACUCAAUUUUUUUGAUAAUUCACAUUACCAAAACUUUUUGCUAUGCCUAAGUGUAUAUAUUCAAGCGUUUUUCGCUUUGAAUAGUGACAGUCUGUUCACUCCCUUUACAAUAAAUCGAGCACAAUUUACAAAUGAACUCAACUGAACGAAAAACAAAACAACAAUAACUUAAAUGCUCAGAAAAUGAGAAAAUUAUAUAAAUACUAUAUUACCCUAAUGGCAAAGAUACAUUUUUAAGUAGACACAACUUUUAAGCUUAAAGCUAUACAAUUUUCAAUUAAAAUACAAAAAAAGACGCUCGUAGGAAAAACGCAAAGAAUGAUUCAAUAUUUAUAAGUUUUAGCAAAUAUUUCAAAAUAAUUUUCAUUAAUCUAAAGUCGUAACAUAUGCUGAUAGACCUCACAUCGAAAAGUCUGGGAAACCUUCAGCGCAGCCAUAAAAUAGCAUCGUAAGUUAGAAAAUCAAAUGUGGAACAUGCUGAGAGAGAAUUCCAGUAUUAUUCUAUUAUCAACAAAUGUGUAAUACCUGAAGUCUCCACAAUAUACAUUAUAUCGUAAGAUUGUUUCCUAAAUCAUAGCUAAUAUAACCCCAAUUUUAAUAAUAUGAACUAGAGAUAGAGAAGUCCUCUGAGAAUCCCGAAAGCUGUUCCACAUUAAAGUGAUUGUGUUGCAAACACCUGGAGAGAAUUACAUGAAAAGACAUAUAAGUAGUUACACAUAAAUUUUACGAUUUAAUUAGAUAAAUAAUAAUUUUAAAACUACUUACACAUUUAAUUCUGAUUAUUUCAAUACCAUUACGUAUUAUAAAGUACAUCAUAAUAAAAAAACAAACAAACAAAAAA